UGCUCAUUAAUUACCCUCGCUCUAACCAAAUAUUACAAUGAAGCCAUUAUAAGAGGAGCCCCCAAUCCCUCCGCCAUUUCCCUACACCAAACAAGAUAUUUUCUGUUCUUAACCAAAGUAUGUCAAUACGACAUCGUUGAAGUCAUCUUCUUUCAGGAUUCGACAAGACUAUUUCUUUUGUGCUUGCUGUUCACUUACCCUCUUUAAAUGAAAGCUGAAAGUGAUGGCGCUAAAACUGCACAUCUCCUUUCCAAUUUUUGCGCCACAAAUCCCAAACCCUUUUCCUAACCCGAACGAACCUGCCCAUCGUCCACCCACGGAAAUCCGAUUAUCCCGCUGGAACAACGCCAACGCCGAGAAAUUCAACCAACGCCAACGCACCCAACAAGAAAUCGAAGACGAUAUUCGCCGCUACCGACGCUGGGAUUCCGCCACCAAAAUUGCCACCAGCUUUGAACCCUCCUCCGCCAAACCACCACCACCAACCUACAAAUCCUUUGGCUCCCCUUCCUCUCCCUCCAGGCCUUCAAUUCCAGGCAAGAAAUCCAAGUACUCCAAACCCCUAAACCACUCGGCGUUUCGCAAAUUCUCCAAAACAGCAAACCCUCCACCACCCACACCAUUCGAUAAGAAACCCGCGAAUGUUUCCGUCGGGGAUGAUGGCGUCUCUUUCGUCAUCGACGGCGCUCCGUUCGAGUUCAAGUACAGUUACACGGAGACGCCGAAAGUGCAGCCGAUAAAGCUUAGGGAACCACCGUACUCGCCGUUUGGACCCACGACCAUGCCUAGGCCAUGGACGGGCCGGGCUCCAUUGCCGCCCAGUAAGAAAAAGAUGAAGGAGUUCGAUUCUUUUGUAUUGCCUCGGCCUAAUAAGAAAGGGGUCAAGCCCAUUCAGAAGCCCGGGCCAUAUUUGCCUGGGACAGGCCCAAGGUAUGUCCAUUCCAGGGAGGAGAUUUUGGGAGAGCCGUUGAAUGCAGAGGAGAUUAAGGAGUUGGUUAACAGUUGCUUGAAGUCACAACGACAGUUGAAUAUGGGUAGGGAUGGUUUGACACACAACAUGUUAGAUAAUAUACAUGCUCAUUGGAAAAGGCGAAGAGUUUGUAAGAUAAAAUGCAAGGGAGUUUGUACAGUCGAUAUGGACAAUGUGUGUGAGCAGUUAGAGGAAAGAACAGGAGGGAAAGUUAUUUUCAGAAGAGGAGGCGUGCUAUUCCUUUUCCGAGGUAGAAAUUAUAAUUAUAAAACUCGUCCUCGCUUCCCUCUUAUGCUGUGGAAACCUGUUACCCCCGUGUAUCCGCGGUUGGUUCCGCGUGUUCCAGAAGGUCUAACGCUGGAAGAAGUGACUGAGAUGAGAAAGAAGGGAAGGAUAUUAACGCCAAUACGCAAACUUGCAAAGAAUGGUGUAUAUGCUGACCUCGUAAAAAAUGUUAGGGAGGCAUUUGAAGAGUGUGAACUUGUCCGGAUUAAUUGUCAAGGAAUUAAGGGAAGCGACUAUAAGAAAAUUGGUGCCAAACUUAAGGAGCUGGUCCCGUGCAUGCUAAUCUCAUUUGAAGAGGAACACAUACUAAUGUGGAGAGGACGAAAUUGGAAGUCAUCCUUCCCAAAACCAGCAUUUAACUCAGGUGUUGAGAAAAGUAAUGCGGCCAGUGCAACAUCCAUCACUGGACAGUUGGAAAGCCAAGAAUUAUCUCCACCAUAUGUUCAAACAGCUAGUACUGGCCCAACCUUCAUAAGUUCUCAAGAUAUUAGCAUUGAGCAAAGACAGUCCUCUGUUGCAAAUGACUGGACAAAUGCAGCUCUCAAUGCAAAGCCAAUUACAAUGGAGACUACUGAAGCAACAUUAGAUCUGAUAGAUUAUGCCAGUGAUGAGUCAGAAAGCAAAGGGAAUACCUCUGGAAGUACAACUGUCUCUGGUGAUAUCAAAUGUUCCAAUGGUGAAUCUGAAACCAUGAGCAAGGCCUAUGGUCCUGAGCCAAUACAGGAUAAUUCUGGCAUAGCAAGUGAAGAGCCGGUAGCUAUGCCAUUGGAAAGUGAUAUCAUGUCAAUAAGUCCUGAGAGUACUCUAAGCCAGUCAGUGUCUUCUAUUAUGGAUUCGCUGAAUCGUGCCAAGCUGGAAGACGUUGCUGAAGCUUCACAAGAUAUUAAUGGGCCAGCAAGAAUGAGUGCACCUAGUAUUGAGAGGGUUUUGCUUCUGAUGAAGCAAGCUGUUGAGAGCGGGUGUGCAGUCGUAUUAGAUGAUGCUGCUUUGGAUGCUGACAGAGUAUAUGAAAGGGCUGUUGCCUUUGCCCAGUCUGCACCACCUGGGCCAGUUUUUAGGCGUCAUUCUCGUAAGGUGGCUGUCCAAAAGAAUGAAAUGCAUGAACCUGGGGAUUUGGAAGUGAAAGAAGUGCGAGCAGUUCCCUAUAAGAGAGGAAAUGAGAAGCAAGCGACUAAAACUCAAAGAAUCAAAGAUGUACAUCAUCUGGACGUAGUACCACAAGGAAGCCUGGGAGUUGAUGAACUUGCUAAGCUAUUAGCUUAAUCUACAUUGGCGCUUUCAAUGAUGUACUUUGCGCAUUCUAUAGCACGAGUUCUUCCCCUGCUCACACACCACCCAAUUUUGUUCAUUGCAUUGGGUUCAUCUUUUCCCCAGGAGUUUUACCUAAUCGGGAGCCUUGUGAUAUGUUUUUAUGAAAUUGUCAUAAGACGAUUUCCUUUUGUGGAAGAAUUAACUCCUCAUGCUUCAAUUUACUCCUUAUUACAUAGCU